UGCGGUGAACAUCUCGUGAAAAAUUAUCUUUAACAAGAAAGUGACCGACAUUCUAGACACCAAGUGAAUUUAAUUCGAUAAGAAGAAAACGUUUCUUUUGUCUUGUAACUGACCAUACUCUACUUCCUGUUUCUAAACUCCUUUUAAGGAACCAACUAGAGUGAUUGUGUCCUAUAAGUAAACUCUAAUUAGAAAUAUUUAAACAUGAUUCAAGCAUAAUAUUUUGAUCAGUUAUCUGAACUUCAUACAACUGCUAAGACACCGAACAGCAGUUAAAUAAAAACAAGCGCAUUUCAUUAAAAGAAGAUCUUCCAUAUCAUCAAAAUGCGUAAUAAAACACAUAAUUCUAAUAUGACAUACAAGCAGCAAGAAAAUAAACAAUAUAACAAGAUGCAUAUGCAUCACCAGAACGACUUCUUGUACGCAUCUUUGGAUGACGUAAAAAUUAUGAUCCCGCCAAGCAGACGUCGCAUCAGUGGCUCCUGUCUCCUGACGGUGGCGCUGACACUCCUGCUGGUGGUUGGCAGUGCAGUGGGUCGCCUCACUCCAGGAGAUGGGGGUGGUUCUUCAACCUCUUUGGAGAUCGUAGUGAGUUCAGAGACAGCCAAUGGAGCGCAGAUCGAGUGGGUAACUCCUGCUAAGAUUCGCCACAAGUUUUCGAUAUGUUGGCUUCACUACGGCCCCCUGACUGAGGCCGUGCAUGUCCAGACUCAAGUCAAGCCGCAGGAGUCUAGAAUCGUCUUGGACCAUCUCUCGUCCUUCACCACAUACUACGCCUUCCUCAGCUGCAAGCGCGGCCGUACUCCAUACCCCUCCAACACCGUGCACUUCACGCCCCACGGUGAGCAGGCGAGCAGUGGAGGCCUCGACACCACCGGAGAAGAUCAAACGCAGGCGGUGACCCUAAAGUCUCCCCCCGAGCCCCGGCAAGAACCCCUGCAUGUUUUUAGUCCCCUCUCGUCCUCCCUAUCAGCCCGUAGGCCUGGUGGGGAAGGUCCGCAAGCCCCUGGUUCAGGGUCUCAUCCCCAUCAGGAAGACGAGGGGAUUUUAGUCCUCAUGAACGAGAGGCACAUGAACUUCCCCCGCCAUGAUCCCCACAACAGCACACCCCGGACCAGCCUCAUCUUGGGAGUGGUGUGUGGUGUAGUGGGGUUCCUCAUCAUCAACGUAACUGUGGUGAUGGUGGUGCGGCAGUACAGCAAUCGACGAGCGCGCAGACGCCGUUUGCUGGAGCUUCAGCUGCAACAGAAUGGUGGCUACAUCUACAACCUUGACGAACUAUUGAAUGCUUGAAGAAAUCUCUGAAGAAUUUGGGACUGAAACUGUCUGUCCCACGUCGGUUUGUUGACUUUGUGAGGGCACAUGUGGGAUGAAAUCGAUAAACGGUCCUAUAAUUUGAUAUUCGAAAUAAUGCUGAUUCUGAGCGCUUGAUAAAUGAAUAGAUUUGUUAAGGCUACCUCGGGUACCAAAGUAGUGUUUUAGCAGUCACGAUAAAAAGAAGAGAGGGAUAACAAUUAUUGAUUUGAGCGCUCAAACUUAACUACCGAGAUGACUGACUUGAAAAUUUAAAAUUUUCAAGCAAAAAUCUCGAUGAAGAAAAGGUGAAUUUCCACUAAUUCAGGAAAAUAUAAGGCUAGACCAAUACGAGCCUAGGAACCUCAUAUAAGAUCAAUGUGCAGCCACUAUUGUUAUCAAGAUGGAUGCCGGCGUCCAUCUUGCAUUAUGUCCCAGUAGUUGAAUUAAAUUAGAAGAUGAAUUAACCUCCUGCGAUUGCUGUAAAUUUUUGAGUCACGUUGUAGGAUAAAUUUCUUCACUGGUUCAUUGGAAAAGUCAAGAAUAUCAAAAUUCAUCACAAAUGAUUGCGUUAUCUGUCAGUGUGUGUUCUCAGUUAGCGCAGGUGAUCAAAACCAACUUUUCUAAUUAAUUACAAGAUGAUUAAUUAAACACUCAGUGUCCAUAAUUAACCAUCGUGACUCAACAGUAGAACUAAGAGAAAUAAUCGAGUUAAACUUCAACGUUUUUUCCUGUGAUCGAUGCUGCGAAGUUUAGUAAAGUUAGUUUGUCGGCUAUAAGGAAAGUAGAAUUAGUUUUACACAUUCAUACUUUUUGGAUGCAUUGUUGUACAAUGAGUGUUGGAGUUUUGAUCUUAAUCCUCUUCCUGUGUGAGGUGUUCUUCAAUUCCUCGAUGCAAUGCAAUAACGGGGCUUUGAACUCAAGAAAUUAUAUAAAAUCUUGAUUGCAGUGACAAUCCAUUUGAUGCAUUCGACAACAAAUUGUUAUGGCCAGUUAAUUUACAAAUGUAUGUGUGUAAGGACAGAGAUAUAAAUUCAUCAUGUAAUGUUAUAUCAUGUUUUUUGUUAGAUACCUUAUAUAUCUAUAAGUUACAAUUAAUAUUAAAUAAUAUUGUAAAGUUAUUAUUUCUAAGGCUAACAGUUUAAUAUAAAAUCAAAUAUAGGAUCACAUUGUGUUUGAACUGCAAAAGAAGCCGCAAAUUCGUUUCGAAUUUAUUUUAAAGCAAGCGAAAAGCAAAAAAUCAAAGUCAUGCAACGCUUCAACUUUGAAUGACUAUGUAAGUUUACGAAUUUUCUCUGGGUCACAAAAUACCAAAUUGUGCUGCGUCAGUACCAAGAGUUCAUUUAUAAAAAACCGUAUUAUCGAUUAUUAAAACUUUU